GUUAAUGUACUUCACUUAAACAUUGCCUACGCUGUUGCCCUGUUGGCUGUACCUGAACAUCGAUCCAUCUGAAUUUCUGAAAUGAGUUCUUCUUCGGACAUUCGCAAAGUUUACAAAUGUUUGCAAAAACUCGUUUUUCAUUAAAAUUUUCACCCCAGGACCAACCAAUCACGUCAAGAGUCAAGAAUCUACACCUAUGCCUAAAUCUAACACACCAACAAGAGGGAAAUGGAGAAGGAAAUCAAAAGAGAAAUAAUUCGAUCGCCUGCUUUUUAUUGCAAAUUUUCUUGCAGCGUCGUCGCACUGCUGCUGCUGCUGCUGCUUUCACGGCUCCGGCUCACGGCGCCGGCGUCGUCGUCCGCUCCGACCCGCGGCUGCGAGCUGGUCUGCUCCGCGCAGCCGCUGUCGUCCUGCACCGGCGCCUUCUUCUCCUCUCCCGAGCCGGAGCCACCGCACGAGCCCGGCGCCGUUGGCACGGCUCCUAGCUCCACGACGGCUCGGCUGGCCGCCGGCAUGGCGAGGAAGGUCGGCAUCUCCUCGCCGGCCAUGAUGACCACCACGUGCUCCUGGAACCCCGCCGCCGGCCUGGCCGCGCCGGCCGCCGAUCCCUUCUCCCCGUCGGCGCCGGCCUCCCCGGCCCGCCGGUCGCGGUCGGCGUCGAGGUACCCGGACAGCUUCCAGUAGGAGCAGGCCAGGAUGAGCAGCGCGAAGGCGAUGAGCCCCAGCAUCGCCGCCAGCCCGCCGAAGAGGUACGGCACCGGCGACUGCCACGGGGAGUGCGGCGCCGUCCCGUUCGCCCCCGGCGCCGCCGUCGGCGCGCCGUGGCUCAUGGUGGGGAACUCUGCUCCUGGCCUCAUGGUUGCUUGAGUUCUUCUCUUGCAGUUCGUUAUGUGAGAGAGGACAGAGGAGAGAUCAGGGGAGUUCUUGUUCUUGCAGGUGGUGUGGGAUGGUGAGAGGGAGUGGGAGCUAUUUAUACACAGGCUGGAGAUCACAUAGGUGUGCGCAAAUGCUUGUGAAGUGUG